UGAGGGGAAAAAACCUGAUCGGCAGGAUCCAGCCGAAAAGAGAAGGCUUUGGGGCAUAAGUGGCAGAGAAGGGGAGGGGAGGGGGAAGAAUUUUUUUUUUUAAAAAAGAGCAACAUGUCUUCCGCUUCAAACGAAAUCACGAACACAAUUGAGAUUAAAGAAGAAAACGACAGCCUGCAACCAAAGGUCAACACAUUGGACUCUCCGGCCACUCUGGAGCCUGAAGUGAGUGCACUUUCUGCAAGCCCGGAGAUUUCCGAGCAAGUACCCGUGGAGUUACUCAGCAACCCUGCCGCAGCGCUGACUUUCUCGCCGGAGCAAGUGGCGUGUGUCUGCGAGGCUUUGCAACAAGGAGGGAACCUGGAUCGCUUAGCCCAGUUCUUGUGGUCCCUGCCUCCCAGCGAUCUGCUACGUGGCAACGAAAGCAUCCUGAAAGCUCGGGCUCUGGUGGCUUUCCACCAGAGUCGCUACAAAGAACUUUACAGCAUUCUGGAGAGUCACAACUUCGACGCGUCCUGCCACACUUCCCUACAAGACCUGUGGUACAAAGCCCGGUACACAGAAGCCGAGAAGGUCCGCGGCCGGCCCCUGGGGGCUGUGGAUAAGUACAGGCUGCGGAGGAAGUUCCCCUUGCCCAGGACCAUAUGGGACGGCGAGGAGAGGGUCUACUGCUUCAAGGAGAGAUCGCGGAACGCGCUCAAAGAGCUGUACAAGCAGAAUCGCUACCCAUCGCCGGCCGAGAAGCGGAAUCUGGCCAAGAUCACGGGGCUUUCCCUCACCCAGGUCAGCAACUGGUUCAAAAACAGGCGCCAGCGAGACCGCAAUCCAUCGGAAAGCCAGUCGAAAAGUGAAUCAGAUGGUAAUCACAGCACUGAAGAUGAGUCCAGCAAGGGUCAAGAUGAUAUGUCACCUCGUCCAUUGUCAAAUCCAUCUGAUGGGAUGAACCACUCCAAUAUCCAUAAUCCUCCAGAAGGCAUGUUCAUGCAUCACAUCGGGGAACUGAAGCCCUCCCAGAGUUCCUCUGGCAUACUACUGAAUGGAAACCUUGUUACUACAAAUGGCUCUCCUGUGUUUUACAGUGGAAGUUCUUUUAUCCAAGGUCCUAAUGGGGUCCUUGUUAAUGGACUGUCUUUAGGAAAUGCCCAGACAAUAAGUUUAAGCCCAAUAGGAACCACUUCCAGUGUGCUGGUUAACGGUAUUUCAAAUGGUGAGUUAUUAGUGAAUUGCUCUCCUUCAAAUAAGGAUUUUAAAAAUGUGACUGAAUCAUUGUCCUAUUCAACUGUGACUUUCAAUCCCAAUUCAUCUGUUCCUUUCUCAGGAUCUGCUGGUGGCACUGAACUUAAAACUGAAAGUGUACACAUGCUUACCUCUGAAGAAGUGGUAUCUCCAGGAUCUGCUGAAGUUAGUAGAGGCCCGACUCAAGUAAAUCAGUAUGGCGUUGUGCAGCUCCAAAAUUCAGAAAAUAACAUCCAACUGGUAAAUGGAAAUAUUGGGUUACCUUCACUGCAGCUGCCUUCUGUUUCUGCUGCAACAUCACAGGGAAACAUUUUGAUAACAAACACUUCAGACGGAGGAACAUUCCUAAGUGGUACAGCAGCCAGUCUUCAGCAAGGUAAGGUCUUCUUGGCCGCCACUCUCCCGCCGAAUGCAGUAAUGUGCACGUUACCUAAUUCAGGACAGGCUGUGGCCCCAGUAAAGCAAGAUGCAUUGGAAGGGGGUCUUGUUUUUUCUCAAUUGAUGUCAGUGAAUGGAAAUAAUCAACUGAAUAUUAAUACAUCUCCUGGGAACCAACCUGGAAAUACCCUACAGACUCAAGCCUCAACUCUGGUAAAUACAGGGCUGCCUCAUAAUCUGCCUUUGACUUCUUCAAAUCUGCUGAACACAUCAAGUACUUUGAGCUUCAGCCUCACGGUGAGUCUGCCAUUGUCAACUACUGCACCUUUGAAUUGUGAUCAACAAUUGCCUACUGCCGUCACGAAUGCAGUUCCUGUAGUGUCAAUGGCCAACAGUCAGUAUGCCACACUCCAGAACUGUAACCUACUUUCAAACUCCGGCCAAGAGACUGUAACUGAAACUGGUCUUGGUGCUUCUGACAGUGAAGAGAAAGUUAGAAAUCCCAUUACAGAAGAAACACAUGAAUACAGUAGUGGGCAUGUCUCAGUACUUCACCCACCAGUAAAAGAAAACUACUUGGUAGUUUUAGAGAACAAACCUAGCAAUCACCUGACAGUGAUGGACUCUAAAUCCAAAUAUGUUAUGAAUGAUGUGGUUAACAAUGUCUGCAAAGAACUAGAAACUGAAGAAAAGGAACUAGCUAAACUUCAAAAUGUUCCUAUGGAUGAAGAUAUCAGUGACAUAUAAUUGCUUACAAAUAUGCAACUGGCUGAUGAAAAUGGGACAGUUUGAUAUUUUCCGUCCUUGCAUUUAGGUAACCAAAGACUGAAGUAUUUCUAUUAUCAUAUUUUAUCUACUUCAUAAUUUAAAGGAAGAAACUGAUAGAAGAAGAUUGAGGUAGUCGAACAUUAUCUGUUACACAUUUUUUUUUACUGGAAUCUUGAAUUCUUAGCUGUAAAUUGGUAUUUAUUUUUCCAAGUUCAAAUAUGGCAUAAAACUCUGGUAUUGGCAGCCAUAACAAAAUUAAGAUUUGGUUAGUGUCUUAAAGUUUUAUGUCUGUACUGAUGGGAUUUUCUACUUGUAUCGAUUGCUUUAUAUGCAUGGUUUGAUAUCAGUGUACUGUUAGCAAAUGUAAACAUUACAUGAUAAUAUUUCAGGUACACUUGUCAUAAAUUGGCCUAUUGGCGCAUGGCCAAAAAACCUCAUUUUAUUAAACACUACAUUUCCCAAAAAAACACGGUAACACUUUUCAAAUGUAAUUUAUUGUUUUUGCAGAUUUUUAAACAAUUUAUCACAAAAUUUCCAAAAAUUGUAACAGCAAACUUUCUUGACAGUCUUUUAUAUGACCAAUAACUGACAAUCAAUAUGGACUGUACAGAUGUAUCACUAGAAUUACAAUUGCAAUGUACAGUUUUAUUUUUAAAUGUCCUAAAGUCCAAGUACUGUGAAAUAUGAUGGGGAGUGCACCAUUCCCUUCCUGUUUUCUACCUGCACAAAACAUUAAUUUAGGUGGAAUGUGUAAGAAAGCGAAUAUCUCAAAUUGGUACUACUCCACAAUAUUAUAAUAACACAGAGAAACUUUAUUUUUUUAUCUUGCUGCUUUACUACUUACAUGCAGUUAGCUUAAUGAAGUGCUUUCUUGCUGAAAUGCUUAAACUUUGCCAGCAAUGACCUAGACAAUAGAGAUCUCCUGUGCAUUGAUUGAGUGCCUUGGCAUUUUAGCAGAAACACAGUCACAUAGUUCACCAUUCAUCUGGGCAAACCAGGUCUGUCACUUUUUUUUAAACAACUGGUGUCAAAAUUAAUUUAAAAAUAUGUAUGGGCAGAAACCUGUCUCACGUGGUGGCGCUAAAUUGGUGGUAUCAGAUUGGUCACCCACUAUACGCAGCACCCGAUGUUCAGUUCCAUUGCAUCAAAUAGAAUUAAAUAUCAAGCACUGUGUAUAAUACAUGGCCGAUCUGUGCCAACGCCCAAGAUCAAUUUCUACCCUGUAUCAACUUAGAGUCACAAGGUGUCACCUUGGUUACUGUUCCAGUGCAGUGACAAUCUGUUCUGAGACAAUGAUACUCAGCUGCCACCAACGUUCACUCUCUCAAGUCAGAUCCUGCUGCAUCAAGAUAUAUUGCUGGAUUCCACAUCAAUGUGAGCUGAAUUUUUUUUUGUAUAAAUGAGUAUGUUUGUUUCUGGGUAAGCUUUAUAUAUGUGCCAUAUUAUAUAUGGGACUUAAAAUGCAUUACACACAUGUUAGCACUCCACUUGCACAGUCGGGUUGUAAUAAAUCAAGCAUUUCAGAUUAUGUUCAUAAUCUGCUUGAGCUUUCAUGCUUUGUAAUAUCUUCUGCACUCAGUAGUGCUACAACCUUGAAGCAUGCUCCUGUAGAAGUUGUGGUAGUCAUUCCGUCAGCAAGAUAAAUCCAGGUAUCACAUGGUGUAAUAUCACUUCAAUUGUAAUUUUUUGUCUUUGAGACUCUGCCUGUCAUGUUAUAAUGGCAAGCAAAAUAUAACUAUCAGUAAAAAUUACAUUUCUAUAUAUUAAAUAGAGCAAUACUCUGGAUAUAUUCCAUGGUAGUAACAUCUUAAUCUUAAGAUGAUGAUAAACAACUUGAGCUUUGCUCUUGCAGUUUAUUAUGUCCUUGCAACUGUUUGAAAUGUUACUAUUUUGCAAUCUACCACAGAACAAGUUUUCCUGUAUGCAAUACACAUGGUUUAAUCUUUUCCUUCAGAGAAGCAUUUUAAUGUUUAAUCAAUUUUCAUUAAGUAAACUAUUCCCAUUUAGAAAUUUAUCAUGCAUAUUACUGAAUUCAAGUUUAACUUUUCUUUGUGCCAGUUACAGUGCACCCUCUGAUCACUAAUGUAAAGGCAUUAGAAUGUCUGUUAGUAUGUGCUAUGAAACAUGUUAAUAUCACUACACAUCAAAAAUACUUCUUAUAAAAGUUCAACAUGCCUUAAUCUGUUAUCAUUAGUUUUUACUGCAUAAUACUUGAAAUGUUGGAGCAGACUCCCCUGCCCCCACAAUUAUUUUUCCCUUCUCUGGCUUGUGUACCUUGCAGGAAGCUUUUCCAAAACUGGAAACAAAUGCUGUAUUUUUGUGAAAUGAAAAUUCUGUAACUCUUUUUAUGUAUACAUCUUGCAUUUGUUUGUGCAAAUUUACUCAUUAUCUUAAUGCGCCUUCUUGCAUACAGUGCCUGUGCUUUUGAUAUAUUUUAAGCACUGUGAGGCAUUUGAAAACCUGUCCAACCCACUGCAGUUAAUAGAAAAAUCCUAUUCUUCUCCAAGCGAGAACGAAGUGUAGCCAAGUGUGUAUGAAGCGUAGCCAAGUAUGAUUUUUCUGGUAUGUGAAAGCCUGACUUGUAUGUUGAGACAAUCUUCAUAUUAUUUGGAUGAGAAGUAUUUUUAUAUGAUUAUUAAAUUCCCCAAAGCAAAUGACUAUAUCAGCAGGAGGUUUGAACAAAGUUUUUUGUGAUCCUCACAUUGUUACUAUCGUGCAAAAAAAAAAUCAAAAGCUUUAUUGAAGUACUGGUGGAAAUUACUGAAGUUUUUAAUAAACUGCUCUGCAGACUGUUUAAGGAGGGAGCUGAACAGGAUUUCUUAUUCCACAAGUGAGUUAAUAUUGGGUUUGUGUGCUCUAAUAUUAACCUGAAGCAGCUGGAACUUGCAUAAAAUAUUAGUUAUCCAUUUUAAUUUAAUUUUUUUUUGAAUUGCUGAACUUUGACCCAUGCAAGGUCUGAGGCAGUACGUGGUGUGUUGUGAAUUUUCUACAUUCAGUUUUCCUAUUCUAAAUGCUUGUUGGAUAAAAUCUUUGUUGAUCCCUAGAAACUAUAGUGUGUUGAGUGGUAAUAUUUCACUGCCACCUCCUUAUCUGACUGCACAUGGGGAAAAGUUAUGAUUUUUUUGUACCUAUACGUUUGUUAGUAAAAUUUUUAUAGCUUGCUCUAAAGGGGUUUUAAUUUAAAGGGAAGGUUUUAUUAGCCAGUGCAAGUUAUAUACAUUGAUUUUAAAGUCUGUUUUACUGUACUGUAGGUUUGGCAUGAAGCUUUCUAAACAUUUUACAUUGGUUUGAAUGUGUCUAUAUAUAAACACAGUGUGAGGGAUAUGGGUAGCGAAAACAUCUAUACUGCACUAACUUUCUUGGUGAUGGUACAUUGAGCAUGUAUUAGUGUUUUGUGUUCGCCCUUGGUAUACCAAAGAUAUUUUAAAUAUUAGAUUUAAAGUAUAAUCUGGUUUGUGUCUGUACUGUUACAUGACCUUUUGUUUAUAAUCUGAAAUGAUCUGAGCUUAUUUUUCUAAACACUAUACUCAAUGAACUUUAUAUUUAUA